AUGAUCCAAAAGAUUCAAAGGACGUGUUUUUGUGCUGAAAAGUCUCUCUACAAGGUCAUCAUCCUUGGCGACAGCGGUGUGGGCAAGACCAGUUUGAUGAACCAAUAUGUCAACAAGAAGUUCAGCGCGAGCUACAAGGCCACCAUCGGCGCCGAUUUCCUGACGCGAGAGGUCCUUGUCGAUGACCGUCAAGUCACUAUGCAGCUUUGGGACACCGCAGGACAAGAGCGAUUCCAGUCAUUAGGCGUGGCUUUCUACCGCGGCGCCGACUGCUGUGUCCUGGUGUACGACGUCAACAAUUCCAAGAGCUUCGACGCCCUCGACAGCUGGAGGGACGAGUUCCUGAUCCAAGCAUCACCCAGAGACCCGGAUAACUUCCCUUUCGUUGUGCUUGGCAACAAGAUCGAUGUGGAGGAGAGCAAGCGAGUCAUCUCCACCAAGAGGGCGAUGACGUUCUGCCAGUCAAAGGGCGGCAUUCCUUACUUCGAGACGAGUGCCAAGGAGGCUAUCAACGUCGAGCAGGCCUUUGAGGUCAUUGCAAGGAAUGCUCUCGCGCAGGAGGAAUCGGAGGAAUUCAGCGGCGACUUCCAGGAUCCCAUCAACAUCCACAUCGAGAACGACAGGGAUGGCUGCGCUUGUUAA